AUGGCUGGCACCAAGAAGCGCAAAGAGCCAGACGGGCCCGGCACACCACAGCAGAAGAAGAAGAAAUGGAGCGGACGCAUGCUCAGCAGCGGGAAGAAAGGCAAUACGCUCACCGAAAUCAACUCACGCUCACGCCUGCUAUCACUCCCGGCCGAGAUCCGCAAUCGCAUCUGGAGCUAUGCGUUGUGCGAGGAGUCACUUCAUAUCCACCAGCAUCCUGAGAACGGCCGUCGGAGUCCAAAGAUCAGUGCAUACUCGGAUGCUAGGAGAUACUUUCUGGACCGUCUGCCUGUCUCUGGUAAGUUCGACUCGACGGAGACUUCCGUACUUACCAUGAGCCGUGACUGGUACCCAGAGGAGAAGGUGUACAAGUGUGAGCAGAUGCCUGCCUUGAGCGCUGAGCUGGAAGCCAAGCUCUUGGGGCGGGAGGUCGUGGAGGACGAGGAGGACGAUGAUGACCAGAAGGAGGAGGGUGAAUAG